GCCGGGAGACUGCGCUGAGCGGAGGCCGAGCCCGGGACGCGCCGAGGGACUGCGGGGCUGCGGGCCAUGGAUGCGGCGGCAGCGGCGCGGGACGGCGGGAGCCCGGCCGCGACCAGGUGAGGAGGCGGCGUCCGGCGCCACUGCAGCCGCGGCGGCCUCGGAGGAAGAGGGCUCGCCGCCGCGCGCCCGCCCGUCGUCGCAGCCCUUCCUGUUGGGAUUAUCUUCUGCUCCCCGCUGCUCCUUCGCUCCCGGUGGUCGAAGCCGCCGCUUGACUUCAGCGGCUCGGACUCCUUCGCAAGCCGGUGCCUCCACUACCUGGGCCUCGAAGCGGGGAGACCCCUGAGCGAGACCAUGAGGAAAUUCAACAUCAGGAAGGUGCUGGACGGCCUGACCGCAGGCUCGUCCUCGGCCUCGCAACAGCAGCAACAGCAGCAGCACCCGCCUGGGAACCGUGAGCCCGAGAUCCAGGAGACGCUCCAGUCCGAGCACUUCCAACUCUGCAAGACUGUUCGCCAUGGAUUCCCCUAUCAGCCCUCAGCCCUGGCCUUUGAUCCCGUUCAGAAGAUCCUGGCGGUAGGAACUCAGACUGGUGCUUUAAGGCUCUUUGGUCGUCCAGGAGUGGAAUGUUAUUGCCAGCACGACAGCGGAGCAGCAGUGAUCCAGCUCCAGUUCCUGAUUAAUGAGGGAGCCCUUGUGAGUGCCUUGGCUGAUGACACCUUACACUUAUGGAAUUUACGUCAAAAGAGGCCUGCCAUACUACAUUCACUUAAAUUUUGCAGAGAAAGGGUUACAUUUUGCCAUCUGCCUUUCCAGAGUAAGUGGCUCUAUGUGGGCACUGAACGAGGUAACAUACAUAUUGUCAAUGUGGAGUCCUUCACACUCUCAGGCUAUGUCAUUAUGUGGAAUAAAGCCAUCGAAUUGUCAUCUAAAUCUCACCCAGGACCUGUUGUCCAUAUAAGUGAUAAUCCCAUGGACGAGGGGAAGCUUUUGAUUGGCUUUGAAUCUGGAACAGUAGUCUUAUGGGACCUUAAGUCAAAGAAGGCUGACUACAGAUACACAUACGACGAGGCGAUUCACUCUGUGGCUUGGCAUCAUGAAGGAAAACAAUUUAUUUGCAGUCAUUCUGAUGGUACUCUGACCAUAUGGAAUGUGAGGUCCCCUACUAAGCCUGUACAGACCAUCACCCCUCACGGAAAACAGUUGAAGGAUGGGAAGAAACCAGAGCCAUGCAAGCCUAUCCUCAAGGUGGAGUUCAAGACGACGAGAUCUGGGGAACCUUUUAUUAUUUUGUCAGGAGGCUUAUCCUAUGAUACCGUGGGAAGAAGACCUUGCUUAACAGUGAUGCAUGGGAAAAGCACGGCAGUGCUGGAAAUGGACUAUUCAAUUGUUGACUUUCUCACACUCUGUGAAACGCCAUAUCCCAAUGAUUUUCAGGAACCGUAUGCUGUGGUUGUUCUUCUGGAAAAGGAUUUAGUGCUGAUAGACCUUGCACAAAAUGGAUACCCUAUAUUUGAGAAUCCCUACCCUUUGAGUAUACACGAGUCCCCUGUUACAUGUUGUGAAUAUUUUGCUGAUUGUCCUGUGGACCUUAUUCCUGCACUUUAUUCUGUUGGAGCUAGACAGAAACGUCAAGGUUACAGCAAAAAGGAAUGGCCCAUCAAUGGUGGUAAUUGGGGCUUGGGUGCUCAAAGUUACCCAGAAAUAAUUAUCACAGGGCAUGCUGAUGGAUCUGUUAAAUUCUGGGAUGCUUCUGCAAUAACUCUACAAGUACUGUAUAAAUUAAAAACAUCUAAAGUAUUUGAAAAGUCAAGAAAUAAAGACGACAGACAGAACACCGACAUUGUAGAUGAAGAUCCAUAUGCCAUUCAGAUCAUCUCCUGGUGCCCAGAGAGCAGAAUGCUGUGCAUAGCUGGAGUGUCAGCUCAUGUCAUCAUUUAUAGAUUCAGCAAACAGGAAGUACUUACAGAAGUCAUUCCGAUGCUUGAAGUUCGACUGUUAUAUGAAAUCAAUGAUGUGGAAACACCAGAGGGUGAGCAGCCGCCACCUUUGUCUACCCCUGUGGGCAGCUCCAACCCUCAGGCCAUUCCUCCUCAGUCUCAUCCGUCUACCAGUAGCAGCUCAUCUGAUGGGCUUCGUGAUAAUGUACCUUGUUUAAAAGUUAAAAACUCACCACUUAAACAGUCUCCAGGCUAUCAGACAGAGUUAGUCAUUCAGUUGGUAUGGGUGGGUGGAGAACCCCCACAGCAGAUCACUAGCCUGGCACUCAACUCUUCCUACGGACUGGUGGUUUUCGGCAACUGUAAUGGCAUUGCAAUGGUUGACUACCUCCAGAAAGCAGUACUGCUCAACCUCAGCACCAUUGAACUAUACGGCUCAAAUGAUCCUUAUCGGAGAGAACCUCGGUCGCCCCGUAAAUCUCGACAGCCUUCAGGAGCGGGCCUGUGUGAUAUCACUGAAGGAACUGUCGUCCCAGAGGAUCGCUGCAAAUCUCCAACUUCCGCAAAGAUGUCAAGGAAAUUAAGCUUGCCAACUGACCUAAAGCCUGAUUUAGAUGUAAAAGACAAUUCCUUCAGUAGAUCGAGGAGUUCAAGUGUAACGAGCAUUGACAAAGAGUCCCGGGAAGCCAUCUCUGCUCUUCAUUUCUGUGAGACUUUCACUCGGAAGGCAGACUCGUCCCCGUCCCCGUGCCUGUGGGUGGGGACCACAGUGGGAACCGUGUUUGUCAUCACGCUGAAUCUCCCCCCGGGGCCCGAGCAGAGACUCCUUCAGCCAGUGAUUGUGUCUCCCAGUGGUACUAUAUUGAGGUUAAAAGGUGCAAUCUUGAGGAUGGCAUUUCUGGAUGCCACGGGCUGCUUAAUGCCACCUGCAUAUGAACCCUGGAAAGAGCACAACGUUCCUGAAGAAAAAGACGAGAAGGAGAAAUUGAAAAAGCGGCGACCUGUCUCAGUGUCCCCCUCCUCUUCUCAGGAAAUUAGUGAAAACCAGUAUGCAGUGAUAUGUUCUGAAAAACAAGCAAAAGUAAUCUCACUGCCAACCCAGAACUGUGCAUACAAGCAGAACAUCACUGAGACGUCCUUCGUGCUCUGUGGAGACAUUGUAGCACUGAGUAACAGUGUCUGCCUCGCCUGCUUCUGUGCCAAUGGCCAUAUUAUGACUUUCAGUUUGCCAAGCUUGAGACCUCUGCUGGAUGUCUACUACCUGCCCCUUACCAACAUGCGGAUAGCCAGGACAUUCUGCUUCGCCAACAAUGGACAAGCCUUAUACUUAGUUUCACCUACAGAAAUCCAGAGACUCACCUACAGUCAAGAGACAUGUGAAAAUCUUCAGGAGAUGCUCGGUGAGCUCUUCACACCUGUAGAAACACCAGAAGCACCAAACAGAGGGUUCUUCAAAGGCUUAUUUGGAGGCGGUGCACAAUCUCUCGAUCGAGAAGAACUAUUUGGAGAGUCGUCCUCUGGAAAGGCCUCCAGAAGCCUUGCACAGCACAUCCCAGGCCCCGGUGGGAUUGAGGGUGUGAAAGGAGCUGCAUCUGGAGUGGUGGGGGAACUUGCCCGAGCCAGGCUGGCCCUCGAUGAAAGAGGACAGAAGCUCAGUGACUUGGAAGAGAGGACUGCAGCCAUGAUGUCCAGCGCAGACUCGUUUUCCAAACAUGCUCAUGAGAUGAUGCUGAAAUACAAAGAUAAAAAGUGGUACCAGUUCUGACAACUAGAACUCAGUAAGUCCAGCUUCAACCUGAAGGAAAAAGAAAUUUCCUUGUUGAUGUCACUGGUGUAUUUGGGAAAGAUAACAUAAAAGGGACGCACAUUGCUGAAAACUUCUUUCCCAGCACAGUCAUGCACUGUUUUACCUCAGUCACACGGCUUUAACUAAGAGGAAUCCCCAUGCGUGCAAACCAGAGCAUGUGGCGUGUGCUGGCUCUGAGUUGACAAACAGAACCAAGUGGGGACAUGCUGACGGAUGAACAUCCAGAGGAUGCUGAGAAGUCCUGGAGGGCUAUUCCUUGGAUCAUUCCUGUAUUAAACUUUCGUAUGCCAAAAGAUUUUGUGCCGUUGUAUCUGCCAUCAGUGUUUGAUCCGUGGAGAGAGGCAAUAAACCAGAAGUUGUAAGUCUGCAAAGGUCACUUUGUGUCUGGACUGCAUUGUGAACAGCUGUCUGCACUCACCCUCUCUCACAGUAUCGUUAGUGAAAAAGCAACAAACUGUCCCCUUCUCAUUAGACUGCUGGAUGGUGGGCUUUAAGCAGUCGAAGCACACACACGCAGCUAGUGUGCGUGAUCCUCUUCUACUCUCGUUGGUACAGACUGUGUUCAGUUCUUGUGUUUGCAAAAGCAAGUCAAGGUAAUACGUCACUUUUCAUGGAAAAGCGCGGCGCGUGACUGAGUCGUUCAUCUUCUGGGAGUUUCCAUGUGGUGGCCAUGCAAAGAGGAAAAGUGAGAAAGCCUCCGUUGUGGUGAGGAGAAUUCGUCAAUGUCUUUUGUCCCUGUUCACAUCAACUCAGCUGAAAGUAGACUUGACCAAAACAGUUACUGAUUACAUUUGUAGAAACGUUGAAAUUGGCUAAGUUUUUAAUUUUGCUUGAAUUUUUAUAAAAUGUUUAACCAAAUGUACUCUUGCAUUAUUUAAUUAAAAUUGCUAAAACAACA